AUGGGAGGUGAAACGGAAGAAAAUUACAUCAUUCCCAAAUGUGCAAACACUAACGAUUCCGGCACGGUAAAAUUCUUCAGAGUUCCUACGGCUGGAAACAAGUUCUUCGAAAAAUGGUGCCAAUUUAUGAAGCUGGCUGCCCGCGGAGAUGAGAAAAUUUGCCAGGCUCACUUUCAACCAAGGGAUUUUAUUCAAAAAGUGCGUCGAGUCCUCACAGAAAACGCAUUUCCAACACAAUGCAUUCUGGAACAAAAUCCUGCCAUCAAAAGUAGCCGAGGAUGUUGCGUUGCCGGGUGCCGAACAAAAUCUACUGCCUACCUCAUUCCGUUUCCUCUAAAACGUCGACACAAGCAAUUGACGUCUUGGAAGAAAUCGUUGAAAAUGAAUCCUUGUGAAACCGUUACUGGCCUGAGAAUCUGCCAGCGUCAUUUUAAGGAUACUGAUUUUGUAACAGUGAAAUCAUCGUAUCUUAAGCCAAAUGCUGUGCCUAGCCGCAGGGUCAAGAAGCUCGUUAAACGUCCCCAGCGCGUAACCCUAAGAACCGAUCCUUUGCCGCCACAUUUGAUGGAUCAUGCUUACUUCCAAAAUCGAUUUAAGCCAAAUAGCAACCGAAUGUGUGCAGUUUAUGGAUGCAACUCUCGUGCUGGUAACGGUGUUGUUUUGCACAGUUUUCCGUCCAAAUCUGAUAUGCGGUAUACUGCCUGGAUUUCCACAUUGAAGUUUGGAAAAACUCCAUCGAAAAACGCCAAGGUUUGCAGUAAUCAUUUCACGCGAUCUAACUAUCGUACAGUUCACGUAAUGGAUGAAAGUGAACAAUAUGAUGAUGGAACAGCAGGUGAAACUGUCAACAGCACGGAUUAUCGAUUGGAAAAGGAGUCAAUUGCUGUUAACAGUGUGAUCCAAGAGCUUAAAACCAGCGACAUAAUUCUUUCCGAUUUACUGAUUACAGAUCAGGAUGUCAAUACAUGGACUAGAAUACCAACUUUUGCUGUUUUACAAGAGUUGUGCUAUUCUGUCAAUAAGUUAGAGACGGUAUAUCCUAAAAAAAAUGUGAUGCACUGCACUGAUAGUGUUAUUUUAACUAUGACCAAGAUCAAACAGAACUUAUCGUUUGCGACCUUAGGUACCCUUUUUCGUAUACAUCCAUCAACCGUAGCAAAAUAUUUUAGCCAUACUGUGCAUAUGUUGGGGCAGAUUCUCGCUACAUUUGUGUAUAUGCCGGAGAAAAGUGAAAUCAGGAAAAAUAUACCGUUGUGCUUCAGGGAUAAUUUUGAAAAUGUAACCAUUAUCCUUGACUGCACGGAUGUUCCAAUAGCAACUUUAAAAUGCCUUAAUUGUAGAAUAUCUACCUACUCGCAUUAUAAAUCUGUGAGAACAGUAAAGUUUUUAGUGGGAGUUACUCCAGCGGGUCUUAUUUCAUAUUACAACGACAAGUUUUAA